UGGGUGUAAAGGCAAGGCCUGUUCAACGUGUAGCUCUGGAGCCAGGCGUGGCCCGGUGGCUCCUGCACCCUCCGGGAGUCCCAAGCCUGGUUUGGUUUUAAAUAAAUACCGGUAGUCUUCCAACCCUGGCACGAUCGAGCCGCCUGCUGCUGGCUGCUGUCCUGCAGGAGUCACGCGGAUCUAGCUGUACUUGCCUGCUACAACGAUGGACAGCGAAGUGCAAAGAGAUGGCAGAAUCCUGGAUUUGAUCGAUGAUGCGUGGAGGGAAGAUAAAUUGCCGUACGAGGAUGUGGCUAUCCCUCUGAAUGAGCUUCCUGAACCAGAGCAAGACAAUGGUGGCACAACCGAGUCUGUGAAAGAGCAAGAAAUGAAGUGGACGGAUUUGGCUCUCCAGUAUCUCCAUGAAAACGUUCCACCCACGGGAAACUAGUGAAUCAGUGAGAUCGCAUGCAGUGGAUGCAUGAAUGCAAUGUAAAAAAUAUUUUUCAGCUGACCAUCGCUGUCAUAAGCUUCUCUAAGGAGGAAACGACGUUUCUGAAAAAGGCUCAAAUUCAAACAAUGGUUCUAUUCACAGUGAUGAAACACAAGUUUAAAAUGCUUCUAUAAUGAGUGUGAAAUAACAAUGGCUAUCUCAUACCUCAGAGCUAAUAUCAGAAUGUUUCUCUUAUGUAAAAUUAUUUCAUAUCUUCUGUUACGUUGUUCUUAAGUUGGUGCCAAUUCUGAUCUUAAAUGUUUUCUACAUGUGAUAAAAGAAAUGGUUUUUACUGUC